AGGAACAUAUAAAUGGGCAGAGCAAAAACUCAAUCAGUAUUCUCUGGUUUUACAUCAGAUAAACAUCAAAAUGAAAACCAUGUUUCUGCUGGCGGCUCUUUUGGCUGUUUUUAUAAACCCAUUACAGGCGCAGGAGACAUACCAGUACAUCAACCGGGGAUACAAUGGAGAAACCGUUUACAACACAGUGGAUGUUCACGAGGAAGUCAAAAUUGCAGUGGUUAAUGCAUACUCUGGGCGAGGAACAUCCCAUGCAGUCUUUGAUUACAAUCAGAAUAUAAUUGCCUACCAUUUGCCAUACAGAGGAAUCUGCGUACUUGCCCAUAUGGAUAUUAAUACCUUCCCUCUCCUGGGACGCUUUCAGGAAUUCAUCCACUCCAGAAGGGAGAAGAAGAAGGAGCUAGAAGAAAUUCGCAAACAUUAUGAAGUCACCAACCAGCUUGUGAUGAACCUCUCCCAGUUUGGCGGUGCUGUGGAAGGCCUGUGCUGGGGAGUUCCCACUUACUGGGCACGUGAAUAUCCUAGUCUGCCAAGAGUGAAUACAGGAAUUGGAGCUAGCGGCUGUCUUGGCGUGCACUUAUGCUUCAUACAUGUUGGACUCUGUGGAGGUUUCCAUCUGUUCUAACCAGCCUGUCAGUGCUAACAUGUGGGUGCUGUACACAUAUACUCUGUAACCUCAUUGAAAUAUAUGCAUUUUGUGAAGGUGAAUGAGAUGGAUUGUGUUCCUAGUUAACUAGUUUUUAACAUGAGUGCUUUGUUCUGCUAUACAACUGGCUUUAUA